GUCCGAGAGUGCCGUGACACGAGCCGCAGGGCCGUGACUGUGCGAUCCGCUGGGUGAGUUCAGCAGCUAACAUUCCGCCGAGACGGUCGAGGAAACCGCCAGCCAAGGUCACGGAUAUGCUCAUCAAGACCUCCCUCAGCUGGCCAAGAUUGCCGGCUGCGCUGCCGUCCGCUACGCUACCGGCUUCACUGUCCGCGGUAAUCGUUUCACCGGAAACGCUGUCCAAACACAGCAGCAGCUCACCCUCCCGCGCUCACCGGCCGCCAAAGUUCGACCUGGCCCGAUGCUCCUCGCAGCCGAUUUCAGCGGGAUGCUACCCGGCACCGGCCUUCCUCGACGUCUCCGACGACCGGAAGUGGAAGAAGCUCGGAUGCGACGCCCUGGCCACGACUUUUAGCGCUCUCUACGGAAAGCUGCUGGUCGUCAUGGGAAUCGCUUUCCCCAUGGCAGAAGUAAUAUCCACCUACAUACCGCCGUCGUUCUACGAAGGAUUCUACCUUUACCUCUACUUCGGCAGCAUGAUCUUCCUCGUCUACAUGUACGCCACUUUGCUUCGCGAUGGCAAGCCGAAGUCAAGAACGUCCGCAGCGUGUUGUUUUACGAAGAAGCGAAAGGACGUGUGCGACCUGGACUCGUCGCGAUCGUCGAGCGGCGCCGGUGGCGACAGCGACGCCGCGGACGCUGCUUGCCCGCACGUGACUGCCGUCAGACCGGCCCAGCAUUAUGGCAGUUUCUAUCUACGCAUGGGUGCUGUGGCGUUCGGAAUCGGCUCGAUGAUCUACUCCGGCCUAGAGUUCGGCCAGUACUUCGAGCUGGAACGAAACACCAAGUGCCACAACAUCAUGCUUGCCCUCACUCCGGCCACGAGGAUGGCGUUCAUCUUUAUACAGAUGUACUUUAUAUUUCUGAACAACGAGCAAAUGAAAGUUUACCGUCAUCGGGUGGUCGCGCGUUUCGGGCUGAUGCACAUGAUCGGUACGAAUCUGUCGGUCUGGCUGAACGUCCUUGUACAGGAAACGAAACACGAGAUAUUGACGUUCUACAACCCGGAGAACAACACGCUGAAGAUCUCCCACAGAUUAGGUGCGAAGAGCAAUCUUAACCUCGGGGGACAUAAUCAUUACCACCACGGCGAACACUUGAGGCUCCCGAGGGGCCUGAAAGGUCCGCAUCACAUGUACGAGUGCCGACGAACGAACAUAAUGGGAUCGUUAGUCCAGGACGCCAGCCCGUUCCUCUUCCCUUGCACCAUCGAGUACAGCUUGAUCUGCGCCGCGAUACUCUACGUCAUGUGGAAGAACAUAUCCAAGGCUGCGUUCUCCCAGCCCAAGACGCCGCCGGGAUCGCGACACCAGGCUCACGCCUACAGGAGAUCGCCACAUCACUACAGCGUGGACUGCGCCCGCGCUCACAAAGGUCUGUUCGUGGGCAUCCUGAUCCUGGUGCUAACCAUCAUAUCCCUGAUCCUGUUCUUCGUGCUGAUAUCGCGUCCAGAAUUAGUCAGCUUCGCCGUGACAGAAGUGAACGUCUGCGAGCUCACCCUCUACGGCAUGUCAACGAUGGCCACGCUGAUAGGGAUGUUCCAGAUGCGGAAGCUGCGUUACGACGGCAACAGGAACCUAGAAUUGGACAACAUCCUGCUGGUAGCCGCGCAAACGGGAAUGUUCAUCUACUCGACGUUCACGAUCAUCGGUGCCCAGUUUACCCUGGCCAAGCACACGGUCCUGGUGCUGGUCACAGCCCUGGCCAGCGUGCUGCAGACCACCUUUCAGACCAUCUUCAUCCUAGACGCGUCCAGGCGAUCGGUCGCCACGGCGAAGCAGAUCAGAAGGAAACCGGGCAGAGAGAUCGUGACGUUCCUGUUGGUCACGAAUCUAGCCAUGUGGGCGAUCAACACCUUGGAGAAGUCGCGAGCAGAGUCGCACCCUGUGCAGCUGCACUUCUACGGCCUGUGGGCAUGGACGAUCAUCACGCACGUCUCGAUGCCCCUGGCGAUCUUCUACAGGUUCCACAGCACCGUUUGCCUAUGCGAGGUCUGGAAAAGAGCGUACAAGGUGAAACCUACCUACAUGUGACGCAAGGGGUCCCGUGAGGUCGUGCACAAGACCGUGGCUCCUCAGCGACCGAAAACCCUGCCGGCCAGGCUGGACGCCAUCGCGGAGAACGAUCCUGUUUACUUCAUGUAAUCGCAGCGGUUCUUCUCGCUACCAUAGCCGAUGGCUGAUGGUCCACGUCCUUUCGUCUCUUCUUCGUCGCAUCCCGCACACCCGAGGUCUUGCAAGGCUGCUGAAACGAUUUAAGCGCACCGGUGUUCACGAAUCGGUUGCACGGCAGGCGUUGUUCCAGGUCGAUCAACGGCGCGAUUCGACGCGGGUGAAGCGUACGAUGGGGCCCAGCGAAUCGCAGAGGAGACGUGGUCGGCGUUUGUUUUCGGAUCGUCGAGGGGUUGCGUUAAUUCGUCAGCGUUUAGAUAGUCGUAAGCUUUCGUCGAAUCGUCCUCGCGUCACGAACACGAUCCCGAUACGCGAUGUAUAUACACAGUUGGUCCGUGAAAGGAUUCGAGAAUGGACCGCGAUCGAGCGCGCGUGCACCUCGAGGCCUUUCGCGAGCGAGGGUAGCAACGGAGGCAGCGAACGGAAAGAGGAAAGAACGUGGAGGAGGCACGAUUAACGACGCACAAUUUUUACCGAGGUUAGACGUAGACGAUUAGUCGCUUAGAAUCGUCGAAGCAACGGUUGUUCCUUCGAUUCUCCCGGGAACAAUAUGAUUUCUGUUCGAUAUGUAAGCGUUAAGGCGAUUUUCUACUGAUCAAAAUGGCGAAUGAGAGGAAGAGUGCGUGCAUGCGAGAGAGUCGGAGAGAGGGUUCCCUUCCUCCUUCCUCGAAUCGCGAACGUUUGUAAGACUGAAAUCUAAGCAACCAUUAGGACGAUGGUUAUGGUGAUAGAAGAACGAUUCCGUUUCUCACGCAAGUCGACCAAGGAAUAAUCCGCGUUUACCCAGUGAACCCCUGAUCGAUCUGUCCUUCGAUGUUACUCGAAUACUCUCACGGACAUCCGUCUUCCACGUAGUACAAAACUGCAACUUAACGUAGCGUCUCUCGUGUCCAAGUAGAUAAUUCAAAAGAUAAUUGAAAGAGGAAUGAAGACGAAGGAAGGAAAAAUAGGAGGAAAUCUAUCGAUCGUGAGAAACAGAUUAACCCGAUUGCGAAACCCUGACAAGGGUGGUCAGAUUUUUAUAGAUCCCGAAUAGAUUUUUAUAUUGUUAUUACGUAGACUCGUUCUCGUUGUACUAAAUCACUUUACUCGACAAAACGUAAACGCGAAGUCGGUAAGCUAUUCCGCGAAAGCGCGACGCGUCGUAUGACUCGGUACGAUGACAUGUCUCUGUAGGUAUAGUCUGUUUCUCGCGAUUCUGCCAACGUCUGGCGAUCGAUCGAUCGUUCGCAUUUCGAGCAUGCAGGCAGCCAACGGUUAUCCUUACACACGUCCACUAGAAUCACAUCGAAAUUACGAAUUUUUAACGGUUCCUCGCGGGGCGUUGCAUGUUAGCCGCGAAUCUAAAUUCGAAAUAUCGGAGCGAAGCGGGAAUGGGAGAGAUCAGUUUUAAAGAUAGCACCGAGUCGAUGCUUCGUGCGUUAUUUCCAGCCGUUUCCAUACACCAUAAGCACCAGCAGAUGCGUUUACCACGAGUGUCCGGAAAGGAUCGUACGAACGGUGACAAUAAUGCAAAAGCAGACUCCCAUAGGUUCAGAGAGACGAUAGGGGAUGAUUUAAAAAUAAAGAAAAAAUUUAAAGAGAAGAGAGAGAGAGAG